GGCAGGACAGUCUUUACCUCACACCCACGGAUGGAUGAUGCAGGCAGGACAGUCUUUACCUCACACCCACGGAUGGAUGAUGCAGGCAGGACAAUCUUUACCUCACACCCACGGAUGGAUGAUGCAUGCAGAACAAUCUUCAGCUCACACUCACGAAUUGAUGAUGCAGGCAGGACCGUCUUCAGCUCUUACUUACGAAGAAAUGAUGCAUGCAGGAUCGUAUUCAGCACACACUUAUGACUGGACGAUGCAGGCAGGGCUGUCUUCAGCUCACACUCAAGAAGGAAUGAUGCAGGCAGGAUCUUCCUCAUUUCAAAAUCCAAGUUUAACUCUGGAUGAACAAAGAGACUUCGAAGUGAAAAAGAAUAAAAGAAAAAGAUAUACGCCGAUAAAAUCAAGUUGAACAUGAAUUCAAAAAUUUAUUAGAAUAAUUAUAGAAUUCUGUAAAACGAAAAGUACCGAUGAAACGAACAUAUUUAAAAUUUUAUUUCGGCCUAUAUUCGCAAAUUUUUAAAUGAUUUUAACUGAUUUUUAUUGAAUAUUUGUAUUUUGAAUAAUUUUGCAAUUAAAAACAGCUUUUAUUUUAUUGAAAAUUUAUUAUUUUAUUGAUUUAAUCGAAGGGAGGCAUUCAAACGUCAAGACUACACCACAGCGAUAACACAGUCCAAUUUCAGAUAGGCAUUAUAUGCAAAAGAGUCAGUGACUUAUUUUGGAAGACUUGUGCUUUGUUGAGGCAACAUAAAUCAGGCUUGUGUUUUAGUACUUUGGUAUAUACAAACUUUAAUCUAAGGAAUGAAAAGAUUCGAAAAAAAUAGAAUGAUGUCUUUAUGGACGGUCUUUAAAGAAUUCGGCUCCUUUUCUCACACACAUUGAAGACGAAGUGAU